AUGCAGUGUUGCAUUCAUGUUGCAUUCAGGGGUCUGUGUGUACUAGACAUACAUGAGAUAUCUCUAGUAGAGGACAUCAAUCAUGCUGCACAUGAAGAAGCUAAGAUAAGUUCCUCAACACAAAGGAUUCGACUCCUGGGAACACUACUCAAGCAACCCAAGAAUAAAGAUCUACCUGGCACCCCAUACGUGAUUGGUCUGACCGGUGGCAUAGCCAGCGGGAAGUCUUCAGUAUGUAGACGGCUGGAGGGGCUCGGUGCUGCAGUGAUUGACUGUGAUAAGCUGGGUCACAAGGCCUACCUACCAGGCACGCAGGGAUUCAGGAGAGUGCUGACUGAGUUGGGACAAGAUGUUGUUGGGCAUGAUGGAAGCAUCAACAGGCGUGCCCUCGGCGCUAAAGUCUUCCAAGACCGAUCCCGUCUGGACCGGCUGAACCAGAUCGUCUGGCCGGAGAUUGCCAGCAUGGCUCGGAAGGAGAUGAGGGUCCUGGGUGAUGGAGGAUGCCUGGUGUGUGUGCUGGAUGCAGCCGUGCUGAUUGAAGCGGGGUGGGACGGCUUCUGCCAUGAGGUAUGGUCAUGCAUUAUUCAUGAGGAUGAGGCCUUGAAGCGCAUUCUAAACAGGGAUCGUCUACCAGAAGAGAAGGCACGACAGCGCAUAGAAUCCCAGCUCAGUAACCAGGAACGUGUGGAUCAUUCCAAUGUUGUCUUCUGCACCUUCUGGGAGCCAGAGGUCACUCAGAAACAGGUGGAGAAGGCUUGGGCUGGGCUUAUGGAGAGAUUACAAUCUCGUGAAGCUAAACCACAGCAGCCUAAACUAUGA